AUGACGCCCUUGCUCACAUUUCUGUCCUUCUCGGCCUUAGUGUUUGCGUCAACGACAAAUGUCCAGGAUGGUCAAACGGGGACGUUAAUCGUCCUGCCUCCACAAGCAACCGACACUGGGACGAAACAGAUCCCUGAUGCAGACCAUCCCUUCAUUGCCCCUGGUGCAGAGGACCAACGCGGACCUUGCCCGGCAAUGAAUACUCUCGCCAAUCAUGGAUACAUUCCUCGGAACGGUAUUGCGACGUUCGAAGAAAUAACCCUUGGCAUGAUGGAGGCUUUCAAUAUUGAACUACUGUUAGGUGCAUCAAUGAUUUCCAACAACAUGCUUACUCGAGGCAACGCUUUUGUCAACAAAAUCUCUAUUGGCGGCGUUUCUCCAGAUGUUCCGGCCCUGCCAUACAACAUCGACGGGCCAGUCACGGGUGGAAUAGCGAAACAUGGGCGGUUCGAAGGUGAUGCUUCGAUGACGAGAGCCGACGCAUUCAUUGGGGACAAUCGCAACUUCCAAAACAGGCUGUAUGAUCUGGACUUAUUGGAACUAGGUAAAUUUGGCAGUCCGGGCAUCGAGGGCAACAAUACGGUCUGGAACAUCGAUGCUCUCAUCGCCAUGAAGAAACAGAAUAUAGCGAUGGAUCAAGCAGAAAAUCACGGCUUCGAAUUCGCGGCCCAUCGGAUGAACGCGGCAUACAUGGAGAGUGCUUUCAUUCUCACCGUCUUUGCUAAUGGGACUACCAAAGAAGCCUCAUUGAGCACCAUUGGAUCUUUCUUCAGAAACCAGACAUUCCCGUCCAACUGGCACCGAGCAGCGUCACCAGUCAGCGGCUCCGUGGUCGCUCCAAUCAUAAAGGACAUUUUCACUGGUGUUGGUCUUGCGCCAGGCCGUAACGAUGCUAACGGAGUCUACGGCGCUGAUCCGACACCGUCUUUCCCAUUCAACACCAGUUUGGCUUGCGAAGCCUACUUUGACCAGGCAGCAAAUAUACCUAGUGUGUUAGUCAAUACGACUGGCAUUCUGAAGAGCAAUGUCGACUUGAUGACGGACAUAUUGUUUCAGGUGGCAGCAGCGAAUCCUGAAUGCACCCAAAAGGUGUUGCCUUUUGGUCCUGCAGAUGUGUAA